UUUGGGUCCCCCAAAAGGGUUGGGGUUUGUUGAUGGUAGGGUCAAGGAUUAGACAGGACUGCAGAAUCUCGAGGCUAGUGAAAGGGGUUUCGACGUGGAUUUUUGGGGUGUGACCUGCAGGUCGUCUGGGGUCCCUAGGCAAGGUCUAUCCCUGAGGCCACGGCACGCGGCGAAGCAGAGGAAGGGCGGCGGCUGGUGGAGAGGUCGUAGGAGUCGAACCGGCGGCGUUGCGGGUGGGAUUCCGCGCGCGCUCUAGGGGCACAUUGGUGCGGACGAACCUUCAUCUGCUCCGAGCGCGCUGGGCUCUUGCAGAGGGAGGAGAGCGGCGGUGCGGUUGCGGCAGAGCGUGCCCGAUGGUUUAAGUGGGCUGAGUGUGCCGGGGCCGGGGUCUUUUAAGAAGGAAAGGGGUAAGCAGAGAAGGGAAUGUGUCUUAGGACUGCCUGGAUCCCUGAGCCGGUCCCCUGGCACCCGCAGGCCUGCGUCACUAUGGGCUCCACCGCUGCCCCCGAGGGCGCGCUGGGCUACGUCCGCGAGUUCACUCGCCACUCCUCCGACGUGCUUGGCAAUCUGAACGAGCUGCGCCUGCGCGGGAUCCUCACUGACGUCACGCUGCUGGUUGGCGGGCAACCCCUUCGCGCGCACAAGGCGGUUCUCAUCGCCUGCAGUGGCUUCUUCUAUUCAAUUUUUCGGGGUCGAGCAGGAGUGGGGGUGGACGUGCUCUCCCUGCCCGGGGGGCCCGAAGCUAGAGGCUUUGCUCCGCUUCUGGACUUCAUGUACACUUCGCGCCUGCGCCUCUCUCCCGCCACGGCGCCGGCCGUCCUUGCAGCUGCCACCUACUUGCAGAUGGAACAUGUAGUUCAGGCAUGCCACCGCUUCAUCCAGGCCAGCUAUGAACCUCUAGGCAUCUCCUUGCGACCCCUGGAGGCGGAACCCCCCACACCACCAAUGGCUCCUCCACCAGAUAGUCCUAGGCGCUCCGAAGGGCACCCAGACCCACCUACUGAAUCCCGAAGCUGCAAUCAAGGUCUCCCAAGUCCGGCCAGCCCAGACCCAAAGGCUUGCAACUGGAAAAAGUAUAAGUUCAUCGUACUAAACUCUCAGGCCUCCCAAGCGGGGAGCAUAAUGGGGGAGAGGAAUUCUGGUCAACCUUGCCCUCAAGCCAGGCUCCCCAGUGGAGACGAGGCCUCCAGCAACAGCAGCAGCAGCGAAGAAGGACCUAUUCCUGGUUCCCAAAGCAGGCUCUCUCCAUCUGCUGCCAGUGGACAAUUCAAGUGUAGAACUCCAGCCAGUAGCCACUGUCUCCUCACACCCCGUGCUCAGGAGACUGGAUCACCCUCUGAGCGGGCUCGCCCACCACCAGGAAGUGAGUUUUUCAGCUGCCAGAACUGUGAAGCUGUGGCUGGGUGUUCAUCGGGGCUGGACCCCUUUGCUCCUGGGGAGGAGGACAAGCCUUAUAAGUGUCAGCUCUGUCGGUCUGCCUUCCGAUACAAGGGCAACCUGGCCAGCCACCGCACUGUGCACACAGGGGAAAAGCCCUACCAUUGCUCCAUCUGCGGAGCCCGAUUUAACCGGCCAGCUAACCUGAAAACGCACAGCCGCAUCCAUUCUGGAGAAAAACCUUACAAAUGUGAGACUUGUGGUUCCCGUUUUGUACAGGUGGCACAUCUGCGUGCACAUGUGCUGAUCCACACUGGAGAGAAGCCCUAUCCUUGUUCCACCUGUGGAACCCGCUUCCGCCACUUACAAACCCUCAAGAGCCAUGUUCGAAUCCACACGGGAGAGAAGCCUUACCACUGCGACCCCUGUGGCCUGCAUUUCCGGCAUAAGAGUCAACUUCGGCUGCAUCUACGCCAGAAACACGGAGCUGCUACCAACACCAAGGUCCACUACCAUAUCCUGGGCGCAACCUAGCUGAGCACUGGCCCAGGCCCCACUUGUUCCCUGGAGGAUGGGAAAGCUGUAGCUCUGGCCUGGCUUCCCUGUCAGUCUUGGUAUGGAGCUGUGCAAGGCAACUCUGAUGUCAGAAACUGCUGCCACCUUAAUUUCUUGCUGGGGAGAGCAGGGGUGGCGGAUCCUGGCUUGAUCUGCCUCUGUUUUGCUGGUCAAAACCUCUUUCCCACAGUCCAGAUUGUCUAGCUAGAGGUUGGAGGACGGGAGAGAAUGGAGGCCUUGUUUCCUUAAGGAAACAGCUCUCUACCUACAGCCCCCCAUCUCAUAUGAUUUAUCUGUAAAUAUAAUUUAUUGAGACCUUCGGGUGGCGCCAGGGCCUUCACUGUGUUGCAUUUCCCACUUCCCUCUUCUACAAGUGUGAUCUAAAGUGACCUAAAACAGGGAAGGUGAGGUCACAGCUCUGCUGGCAGAGAUUAUUAUUAGCACUUGGCUCUCUCCUUUGGCUUGAAUGUUUUUAUAUUGUAUUGUCAUAACUUUUAUCUUUAAAAUUGUUCCUUGCUUGUUCAUUUGUUGGUUUAAGUGGAGAAAGGGGUUCUCUGUGUUCUGCCCCUCCAAUUCUAGGUCUGGAACCUUUAUUUGUUCCUGGGCAAGCCCUGGGAACUUGUGGAAUUGGGGCAGGAACCCUCUCUGGUAUUCUCUAGCAGGCUAGAACUGAAUAUAGAGUAGUAAUGGGGAACCUUUUAGAGCUUUCAGUGAUACAAACAGCCCACUGCGGCAUGCGUGCUUAGGCUCACCACCACCAGCAUAGACUCUUCUUUAUUCUUCAAGGGCUAUAGGAACCUUUAUUGUGAGCCUGAAUUUGAGGUAAUAAAUGGCUCCUGCAGGAUGGGGGUAUGAGCACUGGAUUCUGUAUUUCUUGUUUUGUUUUCUUUUUCAAAGACACAGUCUUGCUCUGUAGUUCAGGCUGGUCUUGCACUCAUUAUGUGGCCCAGACUGACCUUGAACUCAGGAUCCUCCUGCUUCAGCCUCCCAAAGUGGAAGCUGGUAGUCUUUCCUCCAAGAUGUUUCAAACUGUAAACUGUCCCAUUAACCUGGUCACCUGGGUUUGACUGCACUAUAUUCAUCUAUCACCUAAGUGUUUGAGUUGAGCCCAUAACCCUUGCUCUGGGGCCUAUUCUUCACACUGAGCUGAUCCCUCCAGGGAGAGAUCUGAAAUUCCUUAUCAGAGAUGAUGUGACAUUUUCCAGUUCCACCCAGUGUGUAAGAAUAGUGUGACCUAGGGGAGAAUUAUGAAACUCUGUAUUUUGACUAAAGAGUCAUGACCAAUCCAUUAGUCCAGAGGCAUCUGGGUUUGAAUUCCUUGGUGUUUUCUCUGCCUGUGAUAAGCCUUUUCUUCCUGGUUUUUGGACAUCUUCCAGCAAGUGUCCAGAUUCCAGAAACAACUUCAUUGCCUCUAGAAAUCACAGGUGCUUGGUAACUUUUUUUCCUUAGAAAAGCUGGGUCUGUGACGCAGUCUUUCUAUCACUGCAUUCCUGUCUGGAACCAGUGAAUGCACUAGAACCUUCCACCAGGAGAAAAAAAGGGCUGAGUUCCAUUCUGGGUUUGUUGAAGUUUUAGAUUAUGAUUUGGGUUAUUGUUGGGAUUACAGAUUUAGGAGACUUAAAGACUGGUUGACUCAUGGACCAGAGAUCUCUUCUAGUUGACCGAGGUGCCAGGUAGGAUUAAGAGGUUGGUUGAGGGCUACAGUUUCUGGUAUAGACCAAGUAAGUUGAAAUUUAAGAAUGGUGUUGCCUCUUGGCUGAAACAGAGUGUCUGGAAUGUUAGGUAGGACUUUAAAGCCUUGAUAGUUCUGAUCCUUGUCCUGAGACCUAUUUGAUUAUAGGAUAUGGGUGAAGGGUAGGAAGCAAUUUUGAAUUUGUGGAGUGGAACUCCUCAAAAUAAGUCAGUACUAGUGGAUGUCACUUGGGGACUGGUGAGAAAGCUACUCUUUUUUGCAUUUUAAUCUCCAUCACCCCAUUGCAAAAUUGAAGAAGAAAGAAGGGAAAGCAGAAGAGAAAUGUGAGAAGGAACCAUGAUUUCUAUUUAGCAGACUGGAUAGGCAGGUGAAGAGUGCCUGGGGUUGGAAGUGUUAGAUCUUGGAAUAAAGAAGACUUUCUGUGCUA